UUUCGAGCCCAUCGAUUCCGUCUCUUUACUGCGGCCGUCACACUUGUCCUCCACCUCCUCCCACUCGUCAAGCACGCGGGUCAUUCAUUCAUGGCGUCCACGGAAGCCAUUCUCUCUCUUGUCGCUUCCGCGCGCGGUGCCUAUUACAACUAGUUCUACCAACAAGACUGCCCGAGCCCGACAGCAAGAAAGGAGUCGGCGAAAACCAUGUCUGGAAGCCGCACGACACCCGGGCCUGUUGUUGCCGGCACCACCGUGGCGGCUCCGGCGCCUGUGGCGACGAUGGCCGAGUGCUACUUCUGCGGCGACAUGCCGGCGGUGGUGUACUGCCGCGCCGACGCCUCGGGGCUGUGCCUGCCGUGCGACCGCCACGUCCACAGCGCCAACACGGUCUCCUCCCGCCACGCCCGUGCACCGCUCUGCGCCGCCUGCCGCGCCACCGGGGCCUCCGUCCGCCGCGGAGGCGCCGCGCGGUUCCUCUGCUCCGACUGCGAUUUCGAAGAGCGCAGCCGGGGCGGGGAUCCGGUGAUGCACGACCGCGGCACGGUUGAAGGGUACACCGGGUGCCCCUCGGUGGCCGAGCUCGCGGCGAUCCUCGGCGUCUUCGUCCACGGGUGUGGCGGCAAGAAGGCGCAGACGAAAGAGGGGUGCCGGCCUGUCUGGGAGGAGCCCCGGGUGCUCACCUUCGAGGACGUCAUCGUGCCCACCACCUCCUGCCAUGGCCUCCAGCCUCUGGUCACCUCAUCCUCCCCCAAGAACCAGAGUCCGCCCUGUGGGGAGCCGGACGGGGAGGUUAUCCGGCAGCUCAGUGAGCUUGCCAAGUCGGAGGUGGCGGCUGCAUAUGUCGAAGCGGAGCCGACCUGUGAUCUGAUGCCUCCAUGGGCAUCUUCAGGUUAUGGUUUUGGGCAUGGUGAUUUUGGGGCUCUUGGCACCGAGGCCGUCAGCGAGGAGGCACCAAGCGUCGUUGUGCCUUGCCAGCACCAUGAGGCAUGGAUUGCAGUCGAUCGCAGCGACGUCUCUCCAGACAAGCACGAGCAAGUCCCAGCGAGCUCGCCGGCGGAACCGAGCCUGUCGGUGUUCGUGGAGAUGGCAGAAGUCUGCCCCGCCCUGAGCCGCAGCAGCAGCAUCGACGUCGCCAACGGCAGCCACGACGACCACCCGCCGGCACCUGUGGCGGCAAUGACGGCGCCGGAACCGGAACUGGCUCAGCCCAAGAGCGGCGGCUACCACAUCGCCUACCCCGACCGUAGCAUGGUGAUCUCGCGCUACAAGGAGAAGAGGAAGAACAGGAUAUUCGGGAAGCAGAUCCGGUACGAGUCGCGCAAGGCACGCGCAGACAGCAGGCCGAGGAUCAAGGGGCGCUUCGCCAAGUCGAGCGAUAUUUGAUUAAGCCUCUGUCCGUGGAGUACGUACGAGCUAGGGGGCAGUGCUACCAUGUACUCGUCACCUCCACUCCACAUGAUGUUUCUGUGUGUCAGCUGUAUUAUCUUCCAAUCAGUACAUUUUACACAGUUUCACUGCCAGGUUCUUCAUGAUUGGUUGGAUUCACCUGUUGGUGGAUGGUGGUGAUGCUUCAGUUGAGUGUGCCACCGUAGUAGUAAUCUUGUUAGGAUUUCUCCUACUUGACAUCAGCAUGAAAUGUGUUUUUGUUAGAAUGCCAAAGGACUGCUCACUAUGAAGAAAAAUCUUAUGGUGUGAUUAGGGCCUUAGGGGACUGCCCAUAUCAAUGAACCCGCUAAUGUCUUGGCAUCCCGUUGGGUACUUCCGGUACACAUAUAUGUUUUUUUUCUUAUCAAAAUGUUGCUAAAUUUUGUGAAAUAAAUUCAUAACACAAAUACAACACCUAGAUGUUGUGCCAUAAAUUUCCAAAACCAAACUUAAUAUGUAGUUCGGUUUAUAAAGAAGACAAACUCAACAUGCAUAGAGUUGAUGAUCAAAUAUCCACAUCCCAAUUCCCCGCCAAAAAGGAUCACAUUGGAACUUGAACCAACUAUUAUUCACA